CACAAGCCAUAGUGAAAACUAAAUUAAUGCUGAGGUUAUGGACUGAGUUUCUUUAACUAUAAGUGGACGGACAAAUAAAUAUGCCUUAUAACAUUUUAUUAUUUUUGAUACACUUUAAACCAAAUUUCAUUCUGUUUCAUGUAUUUCAUGGUUUUGUUCACCUGUGUUGUUUCUAUAAUUCAGUUACUCUUUAUCUCACCCUAACCAUAUCUGACAUCACUGUAAUAUUUAUGUUGCAUUUAUGUUGAUAAAUCAAUAAAACUAAUCAAAGGUACAUCCGCUCCCGUUAGUAAACACUUUGAUGCUAUCCUGUACAAACAAAAAUCAUUAUUAGCUUCCCCAAGUUGCUAAUUAUCACCCUGAGCUACUCUGAUUAUGGUCAUUGUACAUUUUAAAUGGCACUUCUGAAAAAUGAAAUCUAUUUGACACGUUUGUCCGUGCAGUCCAUUUGUUUUUGUGCCGUGUUCUUGCAGCUUUGAACUUGUGGCCUUUUCAUGACAUUAACAGUACAUCUCUCUCUGUCAGACGGAGGCCGCCUGGGUAAAGUGCGACUACAGAUGGAUGCCAGGCAGGAGAGAUAAAGGUGACAUCAAAGGGUUUCCAGCUGAUGAUCAGUGUGUUGCAGCACAAAGAUGUGUUUCUGUUGGAUUCUGUACACACGUGUGAGCAACCGUGCUUUGGGGUUAACCUUGUUUUCAUUUUUUUGUUCAGAUCAGCUGCGUGUGUGUGUCAGGUGUCAGGAAUUGACUGUUGGGAUCCUGGCAAAGGAGGGGUAUAAAUAUAAGACCAUGGAGAGACAAACAGAGGAAAGCUUGAGGUUAGGAGCCAAAACUUUUGCUGACAGAUGCUGCAGACUCAGACACAUUCAACAUACACAGUCACUGUUGCAUGCAAGCCCUGAGUCCAGGUCUUCCCCUGUGCUCCCAUGCAAAGAGGAGCCCACCCCUAACCCCCAGGGAGCUGACAGCAGCUGAGACUAAAAACAAGGUAAGGGCCCAUCUGACAUACACACAGAGACUCAGCUGCUUGUCUCGCAAGAGAGUUCACAGUGGCAAAAAAAUGAAGAGUUCUACCAGACUUAAGGCUCCCAGGGAAACAUAUAUUGAAAACUAUGAAGGAUGCAUAGAUGGGAGAUACUACAGUGUGUGCACUGCAGGUGUGCCAUGGUAAGAGUCAACAGCUUCUAAGAUUGUUUUCUUUGUUGUCUGAGCUUAUAAUAACAACUUGAUGGAUGACACAAGCUUGGCUAUGGAGUUGUUGUCAUUGAUCCCACUUGUCUCUCAUAAAGUCUUGGCUGUUGAAAUAACAAAUUCUGAAUGAAAUACUAUGUGUUCGGAAUAAUCUUUCAUGAUCUUUAGUCAAGACGAGUCUACUACUAACCUGCUAUUUUGUUUGUUCAAUUUGUCUGUGUGUAUGAUUAACUGGAGCUUCCAGGCAGCAGUCAGUUUGGUCCAUGGUUCUUUAGUUUUUGGUUAUAUUUCUCAAGACAUUAAAAUGACUGAAUGAUUGACAGCCUUGUAGAGAUUAAGUUUCUCUUUUAGCAAACCAAUUGUGUUAAAGGAAGCAUCACUUUUCCCUGCACUGAUGAGAUUGGAUAUGAAAAUGAUGACCAUUUUUGUACUAUAUUGAUUCCACAAUGUCUCAUGCAUUUUACUCAAAAUCCAAAUGUCACCAAAGGCGUGAUAAAGGACACUGUGUGAGGGCUCACUUUUCUCAGUUUAAGCAGGAAUUUCAAGGUGUUCUCUGUUUAAACUUGACAGAAUCACAUAAAGCUGUUGGGAUAGUGACAAUUCUUUAUAAACAAUGGUAAUUAAUUUCCUGCUUUUGUAAGCUAUCAAUCUUACAACUCUCUUCUCUCCAAAAUCCAGGCUGAGUCAAGAUGGAGGAUUGGCUGGAAAGGGAUGGUCCCAGAUCCUCUAUGCCAGCUGAGAUACCCCAUCCACAUUCAGAGUACUCUCAAUGGAAGUUCAAACUGUUUAGAGUAAAGUCCAUGGAGCGGGCUCCCGCGCCCAGCCAGCCGCUGACUGCAAAAGACGCUGUGUUGGGGAGCACGAUGUCUGCAGCUUCUAUUAUACAGUCAGAGAGUGGUGCGGGUCCAGAGAGUGUGAUGAAAUUAUGUUUUGGUGGGAAGAGCAAGGAAAAUGUAGAGAGCACAGGUGAGAGGGUGGAUAGGAAGCUUGAGGAAAUGGACACGCACAUGAACCACCUCAGGUGUCUCUGUCGUCUUUGUGGAACGACCUUGAGGAAGGUUAAUGGACUUGUGCAUGAAGUUCACAGUGAUCUUGACAGCAGAGACAAAGGUGUCCUGCGCAAAAUGGGCUGCAAGUCCACAAGCUGGCCAGAGGUCAUCCUCAAAGUCUUCAAAGUGGACGUGACAGGCGACACAGAAGCUGUCCAUCCUCUCACCUUCUGCCAUCGCUGCUGGAUGGCUGCUAUAAGAGGAGGCGGUGUGUGUAGUUUCUCCAGGAUGAUCGUUCCUGAGUGGGAACCCCACUCUUCGCUCUGUACUCUUUGUUUCCCUAAGAAAUGUUCAUUUCAGCGAACUGGGAGAAAGAGAAGGAGAAGCAUUCCCAGAGUCCAGAGCCUGGCAAAGAGAAGCAGAUGGGAGCAUGUUAAAAGCAUUCCCGUUGGAGAAAGGAAAGUUCUAAGACCUUUUGGAAACAGGCAACACAGUUUUAUUCUCAGGGGCUGGAAAAGACCCAGUAUUCAGAGAGAGCAAUGGUUAAAUAUCUCCCACUGCACGAAAGACCACCUGAGUACUGACCUAAUCAGUGGGAAACUCCCUGUAGACUUCCUAUACUCCUUCACCUGCCUGGUAUGUGCCCACCUGCUCUCUGAUCCACUGCAGCUUCCCUGUGGUCACCUGUUCUGCCGCAGCUGUAUUCAAAAAUACACCUGUGUUGUGGGAUCACACUGUCCGGCCUGCAAGUUGCCCUGUGACCCCAGUGCUCUUAUAUCGCCCGAUAAAGCGUUUUUAUCUGCUCUGUAUUCCCUGCCUCUGCUUUGUCCCAGAGAAGGGUGUGGUGAGCAGGUCAGACUCGAGUCUUUUCACAAACACAUUAAGGACCAUGAUCUGAGGGUAACGGACAAAGAAAUACAGUUAUCAGAAAUCAAUAACAACCUGCUGGCCAGUAAAGGUGGCAGGCCCCGGCAACACUUGCUGUCAUUAACCCGUCGUGCCCAGAAGCACCGGCUGAGAAAUCUGAAAAACCACGUGCGGAUCUUUGCGGACAAAGAGGAGGGCGGUGACCUGAAGUCUGUGUGCAUGACUCUGUUGCUGCUCGCACUCAGAUCUGGGAAUGAACACCGGCAAGCAGAUGAGCUUGAAGCCAUGAUUCAAGGCAGAGGAUUCGGGCUGCACCCUGCAGUGUGCUUGGCCAUUCGAGUGAACACUUUCCUAAGCUGCAGCCAGUAUCACAAGUUGUACCGCACGGUCAAAGCUAUCAGCGGUCGCCAGAUCUUUCAGCCCCUCUACACCCUCCGAGCCGCAGAGAAGGAGCUUCUCCCUGGCUUUCACCAGUUUGAAUGGCAGCCAGCUCUGAAAAAUGUAUCUACAUCUUGCAAUGUGGGCAUUAUUAAUGGGCUUUCUGGGUGGGGUUCUUCAGUAGAUGACUCCCCAAUUGAGACCAUUGCAAGGAGAUUUCGCUACGAUGUGGCACUUGUGUCGGCGUUAAAGGAUCUGGAGGAAGACAUCAUGGAGGGGCUGAGGGAAAAAGGACUGGAAGACAGCGCCUGCACCUCCGGUUUUAACGUUAUGAUCAAAGAAUGUUGUGAUGGCAUGGGGGAUGUCAAUGAGAAGCAUGGGGGAGGACCAGUUGUUCCUGAGAAAGCUGUCCGUUUCUCUUUCACUAUUAUGUCUGUCUCUGUCAUAGCUGAUGAUGAUGAAAAGGAGGCAACGAUCUUCACUGAGCCAAAGCCAAACUCAGAACUGUCCUGCAAGCCCCUGUGCUUAAUUUUUGUAGAUGAGUCAGAUCACGAGACACUCACAGCUCUUCUUGGUCCCAUUGUUGCAGAGCGUAAUGCAAUGAAAAACAGCAGACUCAUCCUAUCCUUGGGCGGCUUGCCCCGCUUUUUCAGCUUUCAAUUCAGAGGCACAGGAUAUGAUGAGAAGAUGGUACGGGAGAUGGAAGGGCUGGAAGCCUCAGGGUCCACAUAUAUCUGUACUCUGUGUGACUCAAGUAGGGCACAGGCAUCUCAGAACAUGGUGCUACAUUCCAUCACUCGCUGUCAUGAAGAGAACCUUGAGCGCUAUGAAAUCUGGAGAACCAACCCCUUUUCUGAAUCUAUAGAAGAACUGCGAGACAGAGUCAAAGGGGUCACAGCCAAACCCUUCAUGGAGACACAGCCAACUCUUGACGCCUUACACUGUGACAUCGGCAAUGCUACUGAGUUCUACAAAAUUUUCCAGGACGAGAUCGGGGAGGUUUACCGUAAGGGCAACCCCAGCCGGGAGGAACGCCACAGCUGGAGGUCAGCUCUGGAUAAACAGCUGAGGAAAAAGAUGAAGCUUAAACCAGUAAUGAGGAUGAAUGGGAACUACGCCCGCAGGCUAAUGACCCUGGAGGCUGUGGAUGCAGUGUGUGAGCUGGUGCCAUCAGAGGAGAGGAGAGAGGCCCUGAGGGAGCUUAUGAGGCUGUACCUCCAGAUGAAGCCUGUGUGGCGGGCUACUUGCCCAGCAAAGGAAUGCCCUGACCAGCUGUGCCGCUACAGCUUCAACUCCCAGCGCUUUGCUGGCAUCCUCUCCACUGCCUUCAAAUAUAGGUAUAAUGGAAAGAUAACCAAUUACCUUCACAAGACUCUGGCACAUGUUCCUGAAAUUGUGGAAAGAGAUGGAUCAAUAGGAGCCUGGGCCAGUGAGGGGAAUGAAUCGGCAAACAAGCUGUUCAGACGUUUUCGGAAGAUGAAUGCACGUCAAUCAAAGAUCUUUGAACUGGAAGAUGUGUUAAAACAUCACUGGCUCUACACCUCAAAGUACCUGCAGAAGUUUAUGGAGGCUCACAAAGACUCGGUCGAAGCUCUGCAGGCCACAAUUGACCCAUUAGAGAAGCUGGAUGAUGACAUGACUCUGGAAGCAAAUCAUUUUUGAUUUUUCUUUUUUUGAUGCACACAACAUGAUUUCACUUUUAUUUGAUGUUGAUGUUGAACUGGUUUCAAAUGUUCUUUGAAACUAAGAUAGUUUUAUGAUUUUUUACAAAUAUAAUACACUUUAAUUCAACAUUUCACUCUUUUUCUUGUUGACAUGCACCACACUAAAAAUGUGAAUUUUCUUAUGUUUUGAAUAUAAGAAAA